UGCUGUGCUUUACUCCAUGGUGUGACGAGUGACCUAUCUUUCUUUCCACCCGGCUAUCUGCUGUGCAUUUAAGCAGCAACGACCCCUUCUUCCCCAUCGCCUCCCUCCCUGCCUUUCACUCACCACUCACCACUAGCUUCCGUACUGCACCCCGCUCUCGCAUCCCAUGCUCUCCCACGUCGACAUGGCACCGGCCGGCGGCUUCAAGCUCUUCGGCAAGGUCAUCACGCAGUGCGCCGACGCCACGCAGCCCGCGCCCGUCGCGCAGCACGCCGCCGAGCCCGCCAGCCGCCCACACGGCGACCGGACGGCGGCGAUCAAGCGGGAGGACACGGACGCGGACGCGGACGAGAAGCAGCAGCAUCAGGAGUCCGCGGAGGCUCCGCGGCGGACGCAGCUGCAGGAGUCGGCGGAGGCGCGCGCGGCCGCGGCGCCGCUGCCGUGCCCGCGCUGCCGGAGCCGGGAGACCAAGUUCUGCUACUUCAACAACUACAACGUCAACCAGCCGCGCCACUUCUGCAAGGCCUGCCACCGCUACUGGACCGCCGGCGGCGCGCUCCGCAACGUGCCAGUCGGCGCGGGGCGACGCAAGAACCGCCCGCUCGGGCCCAUCGCCACCGUCGCCGCCACCGGACACCACCACCACCUCCUGCACCACCACCGCGCGGCCGCCGGCGCCUUCGUCCUCGGCUUCCCUGGUAGCAGCCCGUCCUCCUCCCCAACCUCCCCGUCGCCGAUGUUCGCUGCCGACCGGUGGCAGGUCGACCGGCGGUUCUGA